GCCUGAAAUGGUUGUUGGAUGGUACCAUUCUCACCCUGGGUUUGGUUGUUGGCUUUCAGGUGUUGAUAUGAAUACCCAACAGAGCUUUGAAUCACUUUCAGAUCGGGCUGUUGCUGUUGUCGUUGACCCCAUUCAGAGCGUUAAGGGAAAGGUUGUGAUAGACGCUUUUAGACUCAUUAAUCCUAAUUUGCUGAUCACCAAUCAGGAGCCACGCCAGACGACUUCCAAUGUUGGCCACCUGAACAAACCAUCAAUCCAAGCCCUUAUACAUGGGCUUAAUAGGCAUUACUAUUCCUUGCCAAUAAAUUACAGAAAAAAUAAGUGGGAACAAAAAAUGCUAAUGAAUCUUAACAAGCGGACAUGGCAAGAUGGAUUAACUCUAUCUGAUUAUCCAACUCAUUGCUCAGCAAACCAUAAGACACUUCAAUCUAUGCUCACAUUGGUGAAGGCAUACAAUAAGUCUUUGGAAGAAGAGGAAAAGAUGACCCAUGAACAACUAGCAAUUAAGAAUGUCGGGAAAAUGGAUCCUAAGCGACACUUGAGUGAAAGCGUUGAUCAUUUAAUGACGGAAAACAUUACACAAGCACUCGGCGCUAUGCUCCAUUCUGUUGUCUUCGGCUGA